CCCAUCGAACAGCUCAAUCGCCAAUCGUGCCACCUCCUUUUGCUUAGGAUCACCCAUUGGAGCACGACCCUGCAUUCCCUCCAUUUUAGCCCGAGCUCCAAGCUUUACUUAGCAAGUGACAUGGAGGCCCAAAACCACGAGGUGGCUGCCCUGGUGCAGAAGAUCGCCGGCCUUCACGCCGCCAUCGCCAAGCUGCCGUCGCUGAGCCCGUCCCCCGACGUCGACUCCCUGUUUACCGACCUCGUCACGGCCUGCGUCCCGCCGAGCCCCGUCGACGUGACUAAGCUUGGCCCCGAGGCGCAGAGGAUGCGGGAGGAGCUCAUCCGCCUCUGCUCCGACGCCGAGGGGCACCUCGAGGCGCAUUACUCCGACAUGCUCGCCGCCUUCGACAAUCCGCUCGACCAUCUUGGCCGCUUCCCCUACUUCAGCAACUACAUCAACCUGAGCAAGCUGGAGCACGAGCUCCUCGUCCGCUACGUCCCGGGCCUUGCGCCGACCAGCGUCGCGUUCGUCGGGUCGGGCCCGCUGCCGUUCAGCUCGCUCGUACUCGCCACUCGCCACCUGCCGAACACGCUGUUCGACAACUACGACAAGUGCGGCCCCGCCAACGACCGUGCGACGAAGCUGGUCCGCGCGGACGAGAACUUGCGCGCGCGGAUGUCGUUCCACACGGCCGACGUCGCCAAACUGACUGACGAGCUCGGCAAGUACGACGUGGUCUUCCUGGCCGCGCUCGUCGGCAUGGCGGCCGAGGACAAGGCCAAGGUGGUCGCGCACCUUGGCAGGCAUAUGGCGGACGGAGCGGCCCUUGUCGUGCGGAGUGCGCACGGGGCUCGCGGGUUCCUGUACCCCAUCGUCGAUCCUGAAGACAUCCGUCGCGGCGGGUUCGACGUGCUGGCUGUGUACCACCCGGACGACGAGGUCAUCAACUCCGUGAUCAUCGCGCGUAAGGUGGACUCCUACGCGAACGGACUUCGGAAUGGGCACGCGCAUGCGCUCGGCGCGGUGCCGGUGGUGAGCCCGCCGUGCAAGUGUUGCAAGAUGGAGGCGAGCGUGCUCCAGAAGGGAGAGGAGAUGGUGAGGAAGGAGCUGUCCGUUUGACGCGACGAAACGAGGAGCUGUGCGUGACACUUACAGGUCUCGCGUUAUUAUUUCUACGUACUUGUUUAUGUGACGUCCUGCGUUGUGUUAGUGUAUAACGUACUCUCUAUGUACCGUAUGCCAAUACACAUAUGUGUACGAUGUGAAAGACAUCGAUGAGGACAGUGUGCGCAUGCCAAGGGAAGGGAUACCAAGUGUUUGUAACUGUACUAUUGAAAUAAAAGGAUCAUUUCUUCCUUAAAAAAGAA